AUGAUGGCAGACAAAAGAGUAGCUAUCAUAACAGGCGCUUCUUCCGGCAUGGGAGAGGCCCUCUCGCGAGACCUUGCGAGCAAGGGCUGGCAUGUCGCUAUGGCCGACCUUAAUACCAACGACACGCUGUCGUUAGAGCUCGGACGAAACGCCAGCUUUCACAAGACAGACGUAGCCGACUAUGAUAGCCAAGCAAAGACAUUUCAAGAAGUCUGGAAUGAACAUGGUCGCAUCGAUGCUUUGCUCGCAAACGCGGGCAUCGUUGACAAGGAGUCCUUGUACAUCUUUGACCAUCGAGACUCAGAUAUCAUCCCUCCCAAACCUAGCCUGCUGUGCACUGAUAUCGAUUGGAAGGGUGUCGUCUACGGAACGCAACUGGCAACGCACUUUAUGCGCAAGAACAAGUAUGACGGGGCCAAGGCGGCAGUCGUUAAUUUCGUUCGAGCAACAUCACGAGUGCUCAAGAUUAAGGAGAAUAUCCGAAUCAACGUUGUGUUGCCCGGCAUCGUGGCUACCAGCAUCAUCCCACCGGAGAUGGUAGCUGCCGUUUCCCCUGAAUGUAUGACGCCCAUUUCGAGUAUUGUCGCAGCGUACGGUACGUUUCUCGAGGACGAUACGCUCAGUGGCCAGGCGAUCGAGUGCUCGGCAGAGAAAAGACUAUUCGUACCGACGAUGGAGCCGCUUAAUGGCCAUGUUUCGAAGCGAGCCGUGACUGUAUGGGAGCCGCUUUUCAAGAUGUAUCACCAUGAAGGUUCGGGAUUGCCCGAUGCCAUCGAGUGA